AGAUUCCCGCCACAGUCCGCCAUCUUGAUUGUUUACCCUCAGACCGCUGGCACAUCCCCUCACAUUAUCGCCCCCCACGCCCACACCGCGAUGCCCCCCACCGCCCCCCGCUGAAGGCCAGCGCGCACACACACACACACACACGUACACACACACACACGCACACACGUACACACGCACAUGGAUACCCUGACGCACAUAGCAGAAGAUGAAGCUAUGGAAGAAGAGGCAGGAAGAGGAGGAGGAGAGGAGGAGGAGGAGGAGGAGGAGAGGAGGGAAGACCCACAGGAAGAGGAAGGAGGAGGAGGAGGAGGAGGAGAAGGAGAGGAGGAAGAAAUAUUUAAUAAUCUAGGAAUAAGGGAGGAGGAGGAGAAGGAAGAAGGAGGAGGAGGAGGAGGAGGAGACAAAAAGGAAGAGGAGGAGGAGGAGGAAGAAGGAGGAGGAGGAGGAGGAGGAGGAAUAGAAGAAAUGAGAAGAACUAUAGACAGACUAACAGCGGAGGAGGAGGAGGAGGAGGAGGAGGAAGGAAGAGGAGGAGGAGGAGGAGGAGGAAGGAGAGAGGAAGAAGAAGAGAAGAAGGAGGAAGAGGAGGAGGAGAAGAAGGAAGACAAGGAGGAGGAGGAGGAGGGAGAGAAACAAACUUUUCCGCAGAAUUUUGACGACACCGAAAAUGAAAAGUCCGGAGAAAAGGAGGAAAAACCGGAGGAAGGAGGAGGCGGAGGAGACCGGGAGGAGACCGAGACCAAGAGGGAAGACUCACCCACCAGACCGAGGCAGGAGGACGCCCAGAGACCACCCGAGACCACCGGGAUCGAGACCAAACGAGACCAGGGCCUGACGAACGCAUCUGAAAAAUCUCCGAAAAGUCCGGAGAAAACGACGGAUAACUCGGGAACCACGGAGGCCAGCGCGACGAAACUCGGCCAGGGGAAGCGGAGACCCACGGAGAGUCUGGCCGCUGCCCCGAAGGUCAAACGCCGCAAACACAAAAUGCAGGAGAAGGAAAAAGAAGCGGAGUCGAGACGAGAAUCGGCGCAGAAAAAUUCCGAUUUGUCUUCGGAAAACGACUCGGAACGCGAAGACGACUCAGCGGAUUCGAGCGACAACCGGAAGCGGAAGAGGCGGAUGUCCAAGCGGAAACGUGCCAGCUCCGGGGGGCUGAGCGUGCGCCCCAAGGUCAAGAAUUUGCGUCGGAACAUCCGCGACAUAAUCUCCGACGACAAGCUUGAGGAUGACACACUGAACGCUCAGAAGGAAGAACAGCUUAGGUUACAGAGACUCCAGGAAAAGCGACUGGCUCUGAGGGAGUACCUCGAACAACAACAGGUGGAACGGAUAGUAGCUGAGGUCAGCGCUAACCUGCAGGAGACUACUACUACUUCCGCUACUACUACUACUGCUACUACUACUACUACUACUACUACUACUAUUCCGGACGAUGAAGAUGAUGACAUUGUGGUCCUAAGCGGGGAGGAGGAGGAGGAGGAGGAGGUGAAGGAGGAGAAGAAGAAGAAGGAGGAGGAAGAGGAGGAGGAGGAGGAAGAUGAGGAGGAGGAGGAAGAGGAGGAGGAGAGAAGAAGAAGAAGAAGAGGAGGAAGCAUUUUGGAGGUCCCGAAAUUCUACAAAGUCAAGGAGGAGAUUGAGGAAGAGCUCAUUUAUCCGCCCGUCGAAACAGAGCUGAAGGAAUUAUCCAGCGACGAGGAACUUGACCAAAACAUCCUUAAGGACAAACACAAGAGGAUCACACUCGACGCUGACACCCUCAAGGCCCGUCAGCAGCCAGUAGAGUCAGCAGAGGAGUCAGCAGGGGAGAAGGAUCAGCAGGAGACAGCAGAGAGAGGGAGUGACUCAGAUGUUGUGAUUCUCAGCCACUCGGAGGAGGAGGAGGAGGAGGAGGAGGAUGCGACCAGCUCCGGGGCGCACAUCAACGAUGAAUUUAAUGUCCCCGAUAGCCGAGGUCGCGUCCUGGUCAACGUAGGUCAUCCAGAGGGGGAGGAGGACAUCUUUCUUGCUCCUCAGCUCGCAAAGGUCGUCAAGCCCCAUCAGACUGGUGGUAUCCGGUUCCUCUAUGACAACAUUGUGGAGUCUCUGGAGCAAUUUAAGACAUCUAACGGAUUUGGCUGCAUCUUGGCGCACUCCAUGGGGCUCGGGAAAACACUCCAGAUCGUGUCGUUCACCGAUGUGUUUCUUCGUCACACGUCGGCAAAGAGUGUGUUGAUCAUUGUUCCGAUCAACACACUACAGAACUGGCUUGCCGAGUACAACACCUGGCUGCCGGAGGAGGGAGCCGCCCCCCCCCACACCCCCGACGGCACCCCAAUCUGGGCCAGGAAGUUCAAGGUUUUCCUCAUCAACGACGCGCAGAAGAACCUCAACCAGCGGGCCCGCGUGAUAGCCCAGUGGCAGGAGGCGGGCGGUGUUUUACUGAUGGGCUACGAACUCUACCGUCAGCUGUCCCUCAAGAAGCCCAAGAAGCCCAAGAAGAAGAAGAAGAGCGACGGAGGAGGAGGAGGAGGAGGAGGAGGAGGGGGAGGAGGAGGAGGAGGAGACAAGGAGGUUGUGGACAUAGAAGAAGAAGAUAAGAAUAAGGAGCUUUUAGAAGACAUCCAGAAGGCCUUGGUGCGACCCGGGCCUGACCUGGUGAUCUGCGAUGAGGGUCACAGGAUCAAAAACGCACACGCCAACAUCUCCCAAGCUCUCAAGAACAUCAGGACCCGUCGGAGGGUGGUGUUGACUGGGUACCCCCUUCAAAACAACCUUCUCGAAUAUUGGUGUAUGGUGGACUUCGUGCGGCCGAACUAUCUUGGCACGAGGACAGAGUUCAGCAACAUGUUUGAGCGGCCGAUACAGAAUGGUCAGUGUGUAGACAGCACGCCACAUGACAUGAAGCUAAUGAGGUACAGAUCACAUGUCCUCCACUCCCUCCUGGAAGGCUUCGUGCAGAGGCGGGGUCACAGCGUCCUGGCCAGCUCAUUGCCUGGGAAGGAGGAACAUGUAUUGCUAUGCCGACUGACGGACAUUCAGAGGAAAUUAUAUUCUUGUUUUAUGUCGGAGUUGGCCGCUACGAAGGCCAUGGCCAACCCCCUGAAGGCCUUUGCCAUCUGCUGUAAGAUCUGGAACCACCCAGACGUCCUGUACAAUUUCGUGCAGAAGAAGAUCAGCGAAGACUUUGAUCUUGACCUGGAGGACCACGAGGGGUCGGGGCGGGGCCGGGGCGGGCGGGGCCGGCCUGGGGCGGUGGCGGCUGCGGCGGCGGCGGCUAUGCUGUCCAGCGGAUGCAUUGGGCCGAGACCCGGGAUGGAUUUAGGUGGAGGAGGUGGAGGAGGAGGGAUGCUGGGAGGUGGAGGAAUGAUGGGCGGAGGAAUCGGAGGAGUUUCUCUCCCUUCCUCCGGCCCCUCCACUGUCUCCAUGUGGCAACAACAACAACAAGAACAACAACAACAGGAACAGCAACACCAGAUAAUGCAACAACAACAACAACAACAACAACAGCGGUUUGGGAUGUCCCCGCACCACCACUACUACCAGCAACAACAACAACAACAACAACAACAACAACAACAGGACAUGAACCUACAGCAACAGCAACAACAACAACAACAACAACAGCAACAGCAACCAGCCCACAAUCUCAUGCUUAACCAGAUGGCGAACUUGGGCGCUGGGGGGGGCGGGGGAGGUGCUGGGGGCGCGGGGGGGGCGGCGGGGGGCUUCCAGGACCCCUUCCAGUAUGGGGGGAUGUCUGGGUAUGGCUCCAUCCCGGGCUAUCCCUGGUACCCUCAGAACUACAUGGGUUAUGGAAAUUACCCUUACUACGCCACACACCCCCAGAAUUCCUCCCCUGUGGCCUCCCAUGGCGUACCCGGAGCCUGGGGGGCGGCACCAGGGGGGGGAGGAGGAGUUGCCGGAUCCAUUGGCGCCGGCGGAUCGACCGUCGGAUCGCUCAAUUCCGCCCCAGAGCAAGUUGAAAAUGGGCUAAAUUUGGGGCACUCUGGACAUAUCGACACCCAGCAACAGCUUCCACCUCCGCCUGUUCAGCCUCCCGCCGCUCCCGUGUCCUCCGCUGCCUCCUCCACGACGUCAUCCACCUCCUCCUCCACCUCCACCUCCUCAUCCACCUCCACCUCCGCCCUGAACCAGCAAAACCUCAUGAGUGCAAACCAGUCGCAGAAUUUCCCCUCGGACCGAAAGUUGAAAGAGGAGGAAGAAGAGGAGGAGGAGGAGGAGAAGGAGGAGGAGGAGGACGAGGAGAAGAAGAGCCAGAAGGUGAAGGAAGACCCCGGCGGAUCGACCAAACCCAAAACGGAAGCGGAGGAGGAGGAGGAAGACGAGAGGAAGGACUCGCAGACGGCGGACUCGAAAAACGCAAAUUCCUCCGAGACUCCGAUCAAGAAGGAGGAGAUUGUCGCAAAGAAGGAAGAAUUGACCCUUGAGUGGACCGACGGGCUAUUCAAGGACUACCUACCGGGUCUACUCUCGAACUCCGCCAAGUUCCAGAUCUUCUUCCAAAUCCUUGAGGGCUGUUUGCGAUACGGAGACCGGCUACUUGUGUUUUCCCAAUCUCUGUUCACGUUAUCCCUUCUCGAGGAGUUCCUGCAGCGAGCGUACAUCCCCGGGCUAUACGAGACAUGGCAGCGGAACCGGUCAUACUUCCGGCUGGACGGCUCGACCUCCGCCAUCGACCGGGAGAAGCUCAUCAACGAAUUCAACUCCAAUCCGACCAUACGGCUGUUUCUCGUGUCGACGCGCGCUGGGUCGCUCGGAAUCAAUCUCGUGGGAGCGAACCGGGUGAUUGUUUUCGACGCUUCCUUCAACCCCUGCCAUGACACGCAAGCGGUAUGCAGGGUCUACCGGUACGGCCAGCGGAAGCAGUGCCAUAUCUACCGGCUGGUGACCGACAACUCCCUGGAGAAACGGAUUUACGAUCGGCAAGUUAACAAGCAGGGGAUAUCCGAUCGGAUUGUGGAUGAGAUGAACCCAGACGCUCACCUCUCGUCCAAGGAGAUUAGCAACCUGCUCGUGGAGAAUGAGAGUGACCCAGACCCACUGGACCUCUCUGGCAAAGCGGAAGACUACAGCGACCCCAUCCUGCGGGACAUAAUGCAGAACCUCGGGCGGAACUUGACGCGGGAACCCUUCAAGCACGAGAGCCUCCUGGUAGACCGGAAGGAUAAGCGGUUGAGCCAGGCGGAGAAGCGGCUCGCGAAACGAUCGUACGAACUUGAGAAACAGGCGAACAUCACGUAUUCAAGGCCUUCCUAUGCGGCCUUCUACCCCAAGACCCACACCUCCGGCCAGGUUGUCAUGGGCACCAACAUCAGCGGGGUGGUCUACGCCAAGCCUGUGGGCACCGUGCGACCUCUCCAAGCAGAGAUGGGUCACAGCCUAGGUCAACAGGGCAUCAGACCCAACAUCCUCAGCAGGGGUCACUCAUCCUUCCCUGUCGAGGCGCUGGCCAAGCAGGGGGUCAGCGUGCAGCAGAUAACAGUGCCCAAAGACGUAAGUAUUCCGACGAACUCCGGGGAUGGCAAACCUAUCCUCUUGAAGGCCGGCCAGAGUGUUAUGGUCAUCAAGACUCAGAAAGGAAUCUACUUGCGACUCAACGACGGAAAGAUUGUAGCCAUCCGAGUGCCGCCCGGAAAUGAGGAGGUGUUCGGUCUGCCCCUCAACAAAGGCUCAGUGACCAUUGUGCCCACACUCGUCAACACCCCAAAGCAGACCCGUUUGAGUGGGGUCGGACGCGGCGUUACUGGGAACAUCAUCCGAGGUGGCAAUGUCAUCACUCCGAAUCGACGAGGGCGCCCCCCAAUGGCCAUGCAGUAUGCCACCGGGGGGCUCAUCACCAAGGGGCUUCCGGGGGGGGGCACCCUAGGACGCGGCGGGGUGCGGAAGGCCGGGGGGGGCACGGUGUCCACCCCACAGGCCGUUCUGAACAAGAGUGUCGUCAUAACUCCAGCGGGCCACAAAGCAAUCACAACCUCCGUUUCGGCGGCCUCCCACGGGCUAGGCAAGGGCGGGAAGGGUGUGAAGAUCCUAGGGAAGGGUGCGCAGAACAUCGCCGCAGCCCCCAGGCCCGGCCCCGCCCCAGUGCUCGGGAAAGUGGGGAAGAAAACGCCGAUUUCCCAAGUGGGUGCGAUGCGGAAAAAGUCGGAGGACUCGGACGCUGGGGUUCAGACAGAGGGUGAGGAAACAGCUCCCCCAGCGGAAACCGGGAACCCCAGUGCGGCGCCCCCCACCGAGGACGUGGAGGAAGCCCCGCCCUCCCCCCCCACCCCGGCACGGACCCCGAGUCUCUCCACCCCAGAGCCGGAGAGCGAAAAGAAAACGGAGACGAUUUCGACGUCCACAGAAACACAGGACGAGGAGACCCCCGAACAGAGUCUGACCCCAAACCCAAUUGUGACCCAGCCCAGCGGCACCCACAGCGAGGUCAUACUGGGGCAGCCCUCCCGGUCGGCCGUGGGGUUCUCGCGCGACGCCCCGGAGCGCACGGGCAUCGUAAAACCCCAGAUUCAAACCCCGCGAAUCCCAGAGGUCACGAAACCCACGACGCAGAAUUUGACGUCACUCACCCAAACACAGGCGAGUUUCUCAGCCUCCCCGCCAACCCCAGGCCGCCCCACCGCCUCCCUCACCCCACUACAGAGCAUGAGCAACCUCCUCCCCCCGCCGGCAACCCCCACAACCUCAACCUCUUCCUUCAGCGGGCAGUUCCAGCAGACAACCCAGCCGCUGUUUCAACCGUUUCUCGGCACCCAAAACUCCACAUCGGCGGGCAGUAUUGGGGCGUCCGGCACCUCGCUAGCGUCCAAUGUGGCACAGGUGGCGCCCCAGAUCCACCCCGCACCCAACCCCGCCCCGUCGUCCCCCUUCCCGACGCCGGUAUCCCAAAUAUCAACGUCACUCUCAAAUUUCCCGUACUCGAACCCGACGCUGGACUCCCAAGGGACAUCCCGGGGCUCCGAGUCCCCGCUGAACCUGUCCCAGCUUCUCGGGGCGGCGUCGGGGCUCGAGGCAGCCGAGGACCAGACGGGGCAGCAGUCGGGGCAGCAGAACCAGGCUAACCAGCAGCAGAUUGCCCCGCACCCAUCCGCUCUCGAGUACCUCAACUACACACUGACCCAGACGUCAUCCGCUUUCCGGCGCCCCGAGUACCCCGCGGGGCUCCCGGCGGACAUCCAGAGCCUGCUGAACUCAUCCCCACAGACCCUCCCCCCCGCCCCGACCCCGGCGACCCCCCCGUUCCCAAGCUAUCAGCCCCCGAGCUACCAAUACCAAUCUUAUCGCCACCCCACCGCCUACUCAUACCCCGCGCAAUAUCCCCCGCCAUAUGCCCCGUCGCAGUACCCCGCCGGUCUCGCCCCGCCCGCCCCGCCCGCCCACUCCUCGCCCCCGGUUGGGAACUAUUCGGGGCUCCAUACGACCCCAAAUUAUGGAUACAAUGGGACUUCUUCAACGCCAACGCGGGCAUAUCCGACAUCAUUGGGAGGUUUUGCACACGGCCCCUACCCACCCAUGUGAGAGAGAGAGAGAGAGAAAGAGAGAGGGAGGGAGAGAGAGAGAGAGUGAGAAAAUAGAGCGAGUGAGAGACUAAAUAGAGAGAGAGAGAGAGAGACUUGGACUUCAGAGAGAGAGAAGACUGUGGAUUUGGACCUUACAAAAGAGAGAGAGAGAGAGAGAGAGAGAGAGAGAGAGAGAGAGAGAGAGAGAGAGAGAGAGAGAGAGAGAGAGAGA